CAUCAAGCCCAGGCGGCGGUGGAAAGGUGACGGGGUAUCUGGAUUCCAUAGGUUUUUCCUUUUCCCGUUGCUGGGUCAAGAGUCUCUUCGCAGCUUGGGGCUAGGAUCUUCAUUUGCCUUUUUUCUUUUUUGGAGGAAGGGGGUUGUGUCCACAAAUUUAAGUAUUUGAGGUUCUUGAGCAACUUUCUUCUUACUUCGCCUGGAGGCGUAUCCUUUUCUUAGCCUGAGGUGGGGUCCUCCCCAGGGAGAGAGAAAGUUGUUUGAGAUCCUUUCUUACUCUGUGCGUGGUUAAAGGCCUCCGGACUCAGUUCCAGGGAAAGGGAGAUGAGUGAUGGGGAGGCCGAGACACGAGGGCUCUGCCCACUUCCGAAGAGUUAGACGCUUCUACCUGGGUGGAGGGGCCCUGGGAACUAGAUUCCUGUGUUAGGAACCAAGCUAGAGUGCAGUGGCGCGAUCUCGGCUCACUGCAACCUCCGCCUCCCGGGUUCAAGCGAUUCUCCUGCCUCAGCCUCCCGAGUAACUGAGAUUACAGGUGCCCGCCACCGCGCCCGGCUAAUUUUUAGAUUUUUAGUAGAGACGGGGUUUCACGAUGUUGGCCAGGCUGGUCUCGAACUCCUGACCUCGUGAUCCACCCGCCUCGGCCUCCCAAAGUGCUGGGAUUACAGGCGUGAGCCACCGCGCCCAGCCAGAAAAGAGACAUUUCUUAUGUGGAAGUCGUGGUAGUUCUCCAGGCUGGAGGACACACCUAAACAUGUGGAAUCCCAAUGCCGGGCAGCCAGGACCAAAUCCAUAUCCUCCCAAUAUUGGGUGCCCUGGAGGUUCCAAUCCUGCCCACCCACCACCUAUUAACCCACCCUUUCCCCCAGGCCCCUGUCCUCCUCCCCCAGGAGCUCCCCAUGGCAAUCCAGCUUUCCCCCCAGGUGGGCCCCCUCAUCCUGUGCCACAGCCAGGGUAUCCAGGAUGCAAACCCUCGGGUCCCUACCCUCCUCCGUACCCACCGCCUGCCCCUGGAAUCCCUCCUGUGAAUCCCUUGGCUCCUGGCAUGGUCGGACCAGCAGUGAUAGUGGACAAGAAGAUGCGGAAGAAAAUGAAGAAAGCUCAUAAAAAGAUGCAGAAGCACCACAAGCACCACAAGCAUGGCAAGCAUUCCUCCUCCUCUUCCUCCUCCUCUUCCAGCAGUGAUUCUGACUGAAUACAGGCCCUGGACCCUUCCCUCAAGUCUCACCAGUUCUGCUCUCCCAUCAAGCUUCAGAUGCCAUGUUGUACUGGGGGAAUGUAGCCCUUGUGCUCCCCACCCCCUACCUCCACCUGAGCCUCACCCUGCUGUUGAGCCCUGAGCGGCUAGGGGAAAUGGGAAGAGGAUUGCCAUGGCCUGGCCAUCUUGUUGUUGCUUGGAUAGAUCAUAUAGCUAAUGAAUUAGGCAGGGGAGCUAUUUUUUGAAGAUGAUGAACUAAAUGUUGAAGACAAGUUUGAGAUCUGUAAAAUGUGAUUUUUUACUUCCACUUAUAAUACUUGUGAUUGGGGAGGUUUGUGGAAAUUCAAUUAUGAUGAAAAACCUCUAUCUUUUUUGUAAUGUUGGCAUACUUGGGGAAUUUAGUGGCAAAUACAUUCCCCAGCAGGCCUUUUGUUGGUUGCACUAACUGCAAGGUUGCUGGGUCAAUGAGCUUUGACUGCUGUUUUGGAACCUUACCUCUCUUCCUUAGCCCAAUAUGCUGUCUCGGGUCCUGUUCAAAUAAAGUUAUUUCUCCUGG